UGCUACAAACAACUAUUUUGAGCUAUGUUCACAGAAGCAUAGGAGGUAGAAAGAGGUGGCAGUGUCUCCUUUCUGCUUUGCACUGCAUUCAUUCCUGAACAUCCCAUUUCAGAGAGCUCAGGACAAGCAGGGAUGGAUCCUAAAGAGUCCUGCAACAUGCUGGUGGCUUUCUAGAAGAUGACCAUAGAGGACCUUCCAGAUUUUCCAAUAGAAGGAAAUCCUUUGCUUGGAAGAUACCCAUUUUUAUUUCCAGGUUCUGAAACACCAGUUAUCUUUUCCAUUUCUGCAGCACCAAUGCCUUCAGACUGUGAACCGGGGAUUGAACUCGUUUACUUUUUAGAUCUUUACUGCUCAGGUGAUGUUGAGACAGCUGUGAAGUUUGCAGCUCACCUUAUUGAUCUAGGAGCAGAUGUCAGUUUGCGGAGUCGCUGGACAAAUAUGAAUGCUCUGCACUAUGCUGCCUAUUUUGAUGUUCCAGAAGUUAUAAGAGUGAUUUUGAAGACAUCAAAACCAAAAGGCAAGUACUGCCAGAAUGACAAAGGACAGAUCCCUGCUGAUGUCGUUCCAGACCCAGUGGAUAUGCCAUUAGAAAUGGCUGAUGCUGCAGCAGUUGCUAAGGAGGUCAAGCAGAUGCUGCUGGAUGCAGUGCCUCUGUCAUUUCUCUCCAAGGCCGUGCUUCCCAACUGUGACCAUGUGACUAGCAAGGCAAUGCUUUCAUCUCUUGGCCUGAAAUUGGGGGACCGCGUUGUCAUUGCAGGACAGAAGGUUGGGACACUGCGAUUUUGUGGAACAACUGAAUUUGCCAGUGGCCAGUGGGCUGGCAUUGAAUUAGAUGAACCAGAAGGAAAGAACAAUGGAAGUGUUGGAAAAGUCCAGUACUUCAAGUGUGCCCCCAAAUAUGGUAUUUUCGCCCCUCUUUCAAAGAUAACUAAAGCAAAAGAACGAAAGAAGAAUGUAACACAUCCUCUUUCUUCAAAAACUGUACCACCUGUCAAGCCCCAAAGAGUCAACACAGCUCACACCACGUCAAAAGUGAACACCGGAUUGAUGACAUCAAAGAAGGAUAGUAUUUCUGAAUCAGCACUUUCAUUGCCUCCUAGUGAAGAAUUGAAAACGGUAGCAGAGAAAGAUGGUUUAAAUUCCUCAGCAACGUCUGUAGCAAGUAAUGCCCGUCGGGAAGGAGAGCUCCAACUUGGAGACAGAGUCUUGGUGGUAGGGCAGAGAGUUGGCACUAUUAAGUUCUUUGGGACAACAAAUUUUGCUCCAGGAUAUUGGUACGGUAUAGAGCUUGAAAAGCCCCACGGCAAGAAUGAUGGCUCAGUUGGAGGUGUGCAGUAUUUCAGUUGUUCUCCGAGAUAUGGAAUAUUUGCUCCCCCAUCCAGGGUGCAAAGACUGUCGGAUUCCCUGGAUACCCUUUCAGAAAUUUCUUCAAACAAACAGAAUCAUUCUUAUCCUGGUUUUAGGAGAAGUUUUAGCACAACUUCUGCUUCUUCCCAAAAAGAGGUUAACAGGAGAAAUGCAUUUGCCAAGUCAAAGACUGUCCUGCGCCGCAGCUGGAGCAGCGCCACCACGGCGGGUGGCCUUGAGGGGAGUGUGAAGCUGCACGAGGGUUCACAGGUCCUACUCACGAGCUCGAAUGAGAUGGGUACCGUUAGGUACGUGGGCCCCACGGACUUUGCGUCAGGUAUCUGGCUUGGACUGGAACUCCGGAGCGCCAAGGGGAGAAACGAUGGUGCUGUGGGUGACAAGCGCUACUUCACCUGUAAGCCCAACUACGGAGUCUUGGUUCGACCGAGCAGAGUAACCUAUCGGGGAAUCAAUGGGUCAAAGCUUGUGGAUGAUGGUUGUUGAGUUAAAAUUGUAAAAUAUUCAGUGAGUGCUGUCUUGUGCACUCUGUCUCUCUCCUCUCUCUCUCUCUCUCUCUCUCUCAUACACACACACAUACAUGGUAUAAAAUAGAGUCCAUGGCAAAUGGUUUAACCAUUAUUUAAAAUUUGAAAAUGCAGUAUAGUUAUCUCACAAAAACCACCAGUAACAGUUCAGAGAGAUACCUUUAAAAGACCACAAUUAUGAACUCUGGGGAUCAUGGUUCUCUUGAAAACAAUUUCAAAAUAAGCAAGUUUUUAAAGCCUUGGAAAAUUCUGGGACUUAAAAAAAAAGUGCCAUUAGUUGAUUAGCUGAUGCAUUACUUUGCUCAUUGUGCUUCAUGUUUGCACAUAAUGUAUUUUUUAUAGUGUCAAAAACGUAAGUUUUUUUUUUUUUUCUCCAGUCAGCUUUGGUGAACAUAACGUUUCCAUGACCUCGUUCUGUUGUUUUAAAAUUUUUUCUUUAGUGUUUUAUUGCUAAUAGGCACUUUAAGAGCAUAAGUAGGUACAAUAUUUUUAAUAUUUUUUGGUAAACUCACUUGCCAUUUCGGGAAUGGCUCAUGUGAAGAUACAUUAGCAUGUGGGAGGUAGAUGUGUUUUGCGGUGUCUGGCUCUGCCUUUGGCCCAGGCUGAUAACGCGGUGGAGCCUGUCUUAACCAGGGCCAAUACCGACCGAGUCGGUUAGCAGAGCUAAGAGUGAAUGUCUCCUGACCCAAGGCUCAGUGUUCUUUCCUCUACACCAAGUAUCUAAUCUGAGAUUUGUCUUCUGCUGCUUACCUGCCUCAUCUGUAUUGUAUGAACUACAGAAAGCCCCAUGGUUAAGGUUUACAAAUUCAAGCCAAAUUUUUGCACGUACUUAUUUAACUUCUUUAUUGGACAUAUUUGUAACACACAGCACUUUCAAAACAUGAUGCACUUUUGUAUUUGUGGAGAACUUGCCAUUCUUUCCUUCUGGAAUUUGAAGAACAUUUUUUUAAAAAAGUGUAUUUAACAGAAAAGAACAAAUGAAGAUGUGCUGGGAAGGGUGCGGUAUUCACGUGUGUCGAUGUGCGUGGUUUCUGGGUGUUUUGUUCUGCUGUUCGUGCGCGUGGUAUUGUAUCUGCCGCAGCUGAUGCCCUGUGUUUCCAGGGGCUGCUGCUGCCAGCCUGCUGCAGAGCCACCUCGCAGGCCUGUUGUCAUCACCCUUCUCGAACAUUUGUUAAACCAAGUUCCACGACAGAGCGAUAAUGACAUGCGUUUGUCUUGUGGAAAUGUAUUGAAGUUUCUGUCCUGUGUGUGUAAAGAUUUAUCUUCUGUUGUAAAUAUUUAGACUUUAACCACAGAACUAGUGGAAGAGUUUGCUUUAUAAGACUAAAAGUAUACUUCAGAAUGGAGCUUGCUUUGUGCUUAGAAAUAUAUGCUAAGCUAUUUUGCAAUAUACUAUUUUAAAUCUACAUUCUGUCACUCUGUUGCCUUUUUUUAAAAUGUGGUAUUUCAAAUACUGCUGAAGUUAUUUUCCUGAAGUACAUUUGCCAUAUAAGGCUGCUUUAUAAUCAAGGAAUAUUUUUAUUGAUUGAAGAAAAUGACUGUUCUACAAUUAAAAAGUAAACUUAUUUUAUUAUAUAGAUUAUUUCUUAAAAGCUCUAUUUAUACCUUAACAUGGAAUCUAUGACUCUACUGAUCUUGAGUAUCAAUUCUUUCUUUUAAAUAUGAAAUAUUAUAAGUUAUAAGCAGUAAUGCCAACUGAAUUUAUUUUGAGAUCAAAGAACCAAUUGUUCUUUUCAUAUUUAGAUUAGGAUUAUUAAAGCCAUAUAGCACUUAUGUUUCAUAUGCUAUCCAUACAAAUCAGAUGUUUUCAUUUAUGUUUUGCCUAUUAAAUGUUAUUCAAAGUUCAUUUCUGAGCAUUAAUAAAAAGGGAAGCUGUUUGGUUUGGAA